GGGCUGCUGCAGCUGUGGAAGCGGAAGCGCUGCGUGCUCACCGAGCGCGGGCUGCAGCUCUUCGAGGCCAAGGGCGCGGGCGGCCGGCCCAAGGAGCUCAGCUUUGCGCGCAUCAAGGCGGUGGAGUGCGUGGAGAGCACGGGGCGCCACAUCUACUUCACGCUGGUGACCGAGGGUGGCGGCGAGAUCGACUUCCGCUGCCCGCUGGAGGACCCUGGGUGGAACGCCCAGAUCACCCUGGGCCUGGUCAAGUUCAAGAACCAGCAAGCCAUCCAGACAGUGCGGGCCCGGCAGAGCCUGGGGACCGGGACCCUCGUGUCCUAGACCUCCGGGCCCGCUGUCUCACCGUCAGGCUGCCACGGCCGGUGCCAGGGCCCCGUCAGCUCCCCUGCCCCUUUCGGCCGUGGGGGCGUGACGGUGCUCCACCUGUCAAGGCAGAGCCGUGUCACAUGCGGGAGGUGUCGAGGUGUCGGGGCUGAAGGAAAGAGCAGGCCCAGGGAGGCCAGCAGAAGGUCGCUCAGGCUGAGGAUGAAGCGUCAGCCCCUGGACAUGCUCCGGCCAUCAGGACGUACCCAGCGCAGGCCCUCCAGCCGCGGGCCGGACGCGUGUGUCGUGAUGGAGAGCUGCACGAGGCCCCCUCCCGCGGGACCCUGCCACCUGCUCCGUAGACUGCUGCUCGUCCCCGGCCCAGAGUCCCCCACGGGGCGCUGAGCCUCAGGACUGCGGAGGCCUGGCACCUGGAGCAGGGUUGCCUCGGACUGACCUUGGUGGGGACUGACUUUGGUGGGGGGCUGAUGGGCCUGAGGCCCACGCUUGGGGGUCUCCUGCUGCUGAGGUCCCUCUGGGACCCCCAUGCCUCCAGGCCUCUUUGCACAAUUCCUUGCACACCUCCUGCCCCUCUGCCCCCCGGGGUGCUCGGCCUGAGGGGGGUGGGGGUGGGGUAGGGUUUGGCCAUUGCCAUUUCAUGCCCAUGCCAUAAUGAAGAUGCCUUGCAAAGGGCAGUGAGCGCGC